UACUCGAGGUAGGAACACGAGCAGUUCACUGCUGGCUAACCGGUCGGAGAGAAGUCUCGGCGAAGCCGAGUCGUCCGCGCGGCGCGCCUCGCCGUGAGAGUACAUGAGAGAAAGAGUGGAAAAGCGUGUUCGUUCGCUUUUCGAACGAAAAACCGUGCCCUUUUUCUUUCUUUUCUUUUUUCGCUUUUUUUUACUUCCGCGUUUGUCGCGUGUGUACGAUAAAUAACGUCGCGCGAAUUUCGCUCGCACGUUAGCUCCGCAAGCAACGAUCGCGUACACGCGUGAACGUCAACGUGGUGCACGGAUCAGCUCAGCCGAGCGGUUCAACAAGUCGAUUGAACGGAGCAUAUCGGGUGCUGCUCAGAGAUCUCACUCCGAUACAGGAUGAUCGUUCUCGCGUGGUGCCUCUUCGUCAUCGUCUCGUUCCUCGUGGCGAGCAACCAGGCCUUCCUCAAUGCUCCCAUACCAGCUCACUCGGUGUCGAGUUACAGCAUCGGUGCUGAGAGACGAAUGGAGAGCAAUAAAGCGACUCAGGGCGCAAACGACAAUCGUCAAUCGGUCGACUCGAAAUCCAACGACAACGACGACGACGUCGACGGCGGCGGGACGGUCUACGUGAUUGCAUUCGAGGGGAAGGAGGAGAGCGCGGAGAAAGAAAGAGACACGGAAGAGAGCGGUCCCCAUUUUGUUGUAGUCAACGGCAGCGACCUGCAGAACCCGUUGGAUCCGUGGUCGAUAGUCUGGUACAUCGGCUCGUUCGGCGGCUUGGUGGCGUUCUUCCUCAUCGUCAGCUGCUCCGAAUGGUGUUGCCGACGAGGCAGUCGACCUAUGACGGUGCCCUACGCACAACGUGCCGAUGCAAUAAACACAACCGGAAUUACAGAGACCCCGCCGCCGCCUUAUCACUUGUUCGCUCCGCCUUCUUACGAUUCCGUCAACUACGGCGAGAUCGUCGACAAGACGUCCGGCGAGAAGUUGGACAUCUACGUGAUCUCGGUGCCGAUCCACAGGCCACAGGUGGUGCAGGCGCCAGCGUAGAAGGCCUUGAAAAGGCGUCCUCUUGGCGAGGAUCACAGUGCCCGAUUCAACACUAAUGACAGUCGAUGGUCGAUCGCGGAGAAGCAGUGUCGCGAUCCCUUCAUCAAAAUCGUCGAUAAGUUCGACGUUGAAGAGGACUGCUCGAGAGAUCGAGAGAAGCGCAGUUGAACACCGUCAUUGCAAUUGUUCGAGUAUAGUGACAGAAGUGACUACGUGUGUGUUUUCGUUGUAGCUGAAAAAUUAACUCACUUUUGAUGCUGUUGACAGCAUUCAUCAAGGCAUUGAUGUCAUUCCGAAUCAAAUAAAUUUCCCGUAUUUCUGUUGAAAUUCUGAUGUUUUUCUUGGAAGGAAUUCUGAGAAGGAAUUGUACGAGAAAUCGUCAUCCUACUCGUUGAUCUCAAGAAAGAUUACGACUAUAGAGAAGAUUACUUCGAUCGGCGCUUCAAUAUAAUUCUAGGUAGAAUUUAAUUUUGUUAUUCCGGGAAAUUCAAUCAAUUUUUCGCAUUCUCACAUGAGAUUCCAGAUUUUGGAAAAAUUAUUACAACAGUUUCCUGGAAUCAACGAGAGGAAAGAACGACGACUAACGAUAUUAAAAAGAUCUUAGUCAAUUAUACUUGUGCGGAAGACUUUAUUGCAGGAGUAAUAAAUUGAGAUGUGACACUUAUAGAUGAUAUAUUUAGGUAUAUGAUCAAAUUCGAAGACUCGAACAUUCUCCACAGACAAGUUAUAAAAAGUUAACGAAAAGAAGAUGGAACGGGUCUUACGAGAAAAGACACGUUUCUUGAAUUCCUUGAGCUGAUGAAUAAUAUGAACUUCAGAAUAUGUUACAUAAUUGCAGAGCGAUAAUUAAUUUAGUCGGCCUGCGGAAAGUGGCGAAUCGAAUCGUGCGGUGAAAAUGUAAUCGUCAAUGCGUUUGCGAGAAUGUUGAUCGUCUCGCAUGCACGGUGUUAAGAGAUGUAGUUUGAUAGGCAAAUUAACGGUAGAACACACAACAUUUCAGGAUAUACAUAUAUACAUAUGUAUAAAUGGAAUAAAAACGAUUCAGUCAGUCACUGCCAUUCCGAGACGGAAUAACCACGGUUUAGUUUUUAAAUUCAGAUUUUUAAAUAUUAUCGACGUUUCUUUUUUUAUAUAUACUUUAAAAAUAACUGCGUCUUU